CCGCCCUGGUCUGGUAUGUAUAAAUAGAACGGAACGAUGCGAAUGUAUGCAGUAUCCACUUUGCAUUUGCAAUCGCAACACAUAAGCUCAAAUCAACAUGAAUUUCUUGGUUCUUCUACCUUUGUUUGCUGCCGCUGCUUUUGCUGCUCCGAUGUAUCCCGCCAUUCCUGGCGAACCUCUCCUCGCCGGUCCGACGCCAGUUGCUUACGCUGUCCAUCCGCAAGCUCUAACUGAUGCAGUUGUGCCGCAAUUCGGAUACAAUUUCAUUGCUCCGACUCAUCAAGCAUCCGCUUAUGCCUUCGCUCCAGCUCCAUACGCUUUUGCUCCAGCUCAUUUCGCUCCUGUCGUAGCACCGGCUACGCAAGUUCAGUAUGUUUCCUCGGUUCCUCUUGCUCAAGCCUACACUCAGGCUGUUCCAGUGGAGAUUGCUUCUACUGUUGACCUAUCAGUUCCGGAAACUACCCUAGUUCCAACUAUGGAGACUACUGAUGCCACUACUCCAGUCCCUACUCCAGCUCCUGCUCCAGCUUCUGAGGCUACCCCUGUCCUUGCUUCUGCUCCAGCUUCUGAGGCUGCCGCUGCCCCUGCUCCUGACGCUGGCGCUGCUCCUGCUCCUGACGCUGGCGCUGCUCCUGCUCCUGACGCUGGCGCUGCUCCUGCUCCUGACGCUGCCGCUGCUCCUGCUCCUGACGCUGCCGCUGCCCCUGCUCCUGACGCUGGCGCUGCCCCUACUCCUGACGCUGUCGCUGCCCCUGCUCCUGACGCUGCCGCUGCCCCUGCUCCUGGCACUGCCGCUGCUCCUGCUCCUGGCACUGCCGCUGCUCCUGCCCCUGUCCCGGCUCCUGCUCCUGCCCCAGUCCCGGCUCCUCCUUCUGCCUCGGUCCCGGCCCCUGCUCCAGCCCCAGUCCCUGGUCCAGUUCCCGUUCCUGCACCUGCCCCAGCUCCCGGUGCUCCAUCCACUCCACAAGUGGUCGUCUUGCUGCCAUAUGAUUCACAAGAAUCCGUCGAAGUGCCCGAUUCUCAUGAAUCCAGAGAAGACUAAUAUGUUGUCCGUAUGUAAUUCUUAGUUAAUCUUAAUCAUUGGCAAUCUCUUUAAUAAUUUGUCGUUUAUAAGGUUAUGUUUCUCUCUGACUUGCCUCAAAGUCACAACGAUACUCUGGCAUUUCCAUUUUCGGGUUGUUUUGUUA